UUGGGUUUCUCAUUAACUCCAGAGUUGAUAUAGUCCCAUCUCUCGGCGCACCAGCCAGACAGUUUUCCCGUUCCCUCUUGUCUCCAUCCCAGCCCUGCUGUCCCUCCGUCCCUGCCCAAGCUCCCACCUCACUCCGCAGCCCAGGACAGUGACCGCUCCCGGGAGGACAACGGAGGAGCUGCCAGAUGGACAAGAAAAGCAAAAUGCAAGAGGAGAAGCACCUCACAGGAACGCUGGUCCUCUCCGUCUUCACCGCGGUGUUGGGCUUCUUCCAGUACGGCUACAGCCUGGGUGUCAUUAAUGCUCCCCAAAAGGUGAUAGAAGCCCACUACGGGCGUGUGCUGGGCAUCGCCCCCCUGGCCAGACAUGCCAUCAACACCUCCGGGGAGGACGGCACCGGCGCCGUCCCUGGCACGGAGCCCUGGGGUGGCACCGAGGGCACGCUGGCACCCCCGGCUGACGCGGGCGAGGAUCUCGGCACCUCCCCGCACCUCAUCCUCACCAUGUACUGGUCCCUCUCCGUCUCGGUGUUCGCCAUCGGCGGCAUGGUCUCCUCCUUCACCGUGGGGUGGAUCGGUGACCGGCUGGGGAGGGUGAAAGCCAUGCUGGUGGUGAACGUCCUCUCCAUCGCCGGGAACCUCCUCAUGGGGCUGGCGAAAUUCGGGCCAUCUCACAUCCUCAUCAUCGCCGGGAGAGCCGUCACGGGACUGUACUGUGGGCUCUCCUCCGGACUCGUGCCCAUGUAUGUCAGCGAGGUCUCUCCCACGGCCCUUCGAGGAGCACUGGGGACAUUGCACCAGCUCGCUAUCGUCACGGGAAUCCUCAUCAGCCAGGUCCUCGGACUAGACUUUCUCCUGGGCAAUGACGAGAUGUGGCCCCUGCUCCUCGGUCUGUCCGGCGUGGCUGCCCUCCUGCAGUUCUUCCUGCUCUUACUGUGCCCCGAGAGCCCACGAUACCUUUACAUCAAACUGGGGAAGGUGGAAGAAGCUAAAAAAAGUUUGAAAAGGCUCAGAGGAAACUGUGACCCGAUGAAAGAGAUUGCUGAGAUGGAAAAGGAAAAGCAAGAAGCUGCUAGUGAAAAGAAAGUCUCCAUAAGGCAGCUUUUCACCUCUUCGAAGUACAGGCAGGCUGUUAUCGUAGCGCUGAUGGUGCAGAUAUCUCAGCAGUUCUCAGGAAUCAACGCGAUCUUUUACUACUCUACAAACAUUUUCGAGAGAGCUGGAGUUGACCAACCAGUUUACGCAACGAUUGGCGUUGGAGUGGUGAACACAGUCUUCACUGUUAUCUCCGUCUUUCUGGUGGAGAAGACAGGCAGGCGGUCCCUGUUCCUGGCUGGUUUGAUGGGCAUGUUAAUAAGCGCCGUGGCCAUGACAGUUGGACUUGUGCUCCUGAGCGAGUUUGCCUGGAUGAGCUAUGUCAGCAUGGUCGCGAUCUUCCUCUUCGUCAUCUUCUUUGAAGUGGGGCCGGGGCCCAUCCCCUGGUUUAUCGUAGCCGAACUGUUCAGCCAAGGCCCGCGCCCCGCCGCCAUCGCCGUCGCCGGCUUCUGCAACUGGACCUGCAACUUCAUCGUGGGAAUGUGUUUCCAGUACAUAGCGGAUCUGUGCGGACCGUACGUGUUUGCGAUCUUUGCAGCUCUGCUUCUAGUCUUCUUUCUGUUCGCUUACUUCAAAGUACCAGAGACGAAAGGAAAGUCCUUUGAGGAGAUCGCAGCUGUGUUCCGCCGCAAGAAGCUCCCAGCCAAAGCCAUGACUGAGCUGGAAGACCUGCGAGGCAGUGAGGAGGCAUAGAUAUUGCCACAGACCCAGAAAGGAGGGACUGAACAUGGACCUCCUUCAGGCGCCGCAGGAAUAACGUUGGGCAAAAGUCUCAUUUCUCAAAAACCUUGCAGCUGGCAGACCAGGAGGACCCAUCCAUCAGAGGCCUUCUGGCUGCUGCAUCUCACACCUCCGAGCCGCAGAUGCUAGCCUGGAGUUUUACUCUGAAAUACUCAGUACAACUGGGCUGUGGGAAGAGCCAGGGAAAGGACAGGAGGAAUACAUUGCAUGUGCGUCUCCAUGCCCCACUGGAAGAGCCCAGUGGGACGAUGAUCUUCCUACUUGGCAAAGCAUUACGUUGAGCAGGGUCAUCGCUCAGAUGGAAUGAAGGAAAGAGGGGUCGGGUGAUGCUGUAGCCUCAUGUUUUCACCUUUUUGUCCCGUGCUUGCUGCUUCCUUCUGCUGAGUGAGCUGAUGCCUUGAGAAACCAACUGCUAGUGCCGUUGUGCUACCAGCGCCCGGCACUGAUCACCCGAGGUGCUAAGGAAAACAGACCGAGCAAACUCCCCCUUACUCUUGCCUGUGCAGAGGAAGAAGGUGGAUCCCACCUGGAUCGGUUGGGAUGCACCUUGCUUGCUUUGCUAUCUGUGCAUUACAGAAUCUCAUACGGAUUUCUCAAGUCACAACAUUUUUUUGGAGAAUCUUAGAAACUCUGUCUGGGCUGAUGUGCCUUGUUUUUUCUUUUGUUUCAGCCAGACUGUUUACCUCCUCUUUCCUCCUCCAAAGCCUUUCCUCCCUCCUUUAUCCCUGCGGCAGCACAAGCCACAGCACGUCCUUGACCAUGCAAUGAGUCCGGCUGACAUCCCUCCCGUGGUGUGACCAUCACCAGGUCACCUCCCCUCGCUGCUCCUCCCUCCCCACCCUCUGCCUCUGCCUCCCCUUCCUUUUGUACAAUGCUUAGACCCACAGGCUCCAGCUUCAGCGUGGGCUCCCCGUACCCUAACACUUAAUGAUAAUAAGGGGAAACGGAUAUUGCAGCGUUAACUGGAAGGUGCCCCACCGAUCCGACCCCCACUUUGCACCACUUAAGGUUUUGCUGGCUGGAUGUGCUUCAGACAACAUAGUGUGCGAGCAGGAGGUUGUGUUGUUUCUAUAGCCUUGUUUGUGCUUGUUUAGCUUCUUCAUGAGAUGCUUUUAUGUGACAAAAUCAAAUCGCAAAGAUUUUUCUUCCUUUUUUUGGGGGGAGGAUAUGUUGGGAUCAUUGUAAAAGCCUGCUCUCUGUCUGCUUGACUUUUAUGAUUUGCAUGUUCCUCGUUGUCCUACCAGGUUACUUUCUAGCAACUUUCUCAGGACAGAAAUCCAUUAUUUAUUUAGAGAUGAAGCACCAGCAUUGCUCAGUCACUGUGACUGCCAGUGACAAUAAAGUAACAGAGGAUGGAACACAAUGAAAAGCCUGAGAACAGAUGGACCAAGGAGGAUCGUAGGCUGGAUUUGGUUUUAGGGAAGGUCCCCGGUGCACAGAAGAGAGCAGCGGAGCUGGGGCGCAGGCUCUGGGUCAAGCCGUCAGAGUCUAUCAUCUGCUGCAAACAGGUCUCCUCGGGUGAGACCAGCGUGGCAGGCUCAGAGCCACUCCAUGGCGUCUAGUGCAGGCAUUUAAAUGUUAUGAUGGAUUCUCUGAAUGUAAAAAAAAAAAAAAAGGACAAAAAAGAGAUGGGUUCUUGCUUUCAGCAAUGUUAUCUACGUCUGUUACAUAAAAGUGACAAUGAGCAACAUCUA